GCGCGGGGCGGGGCCGGGCGCGGUACUUAACGCGGGGGCGACCCCGGGGAGCUACAGCGGCUGCUCAGGCACCGGCAGCAGCACCAGACCCGGCCAGGGCAGUCUCAGGCUGCAGGCCCAGGCCCUCUGCGGCGGCGGCGGCGGAGCGCGGUUAAUCUAGGAUCCAGUUUCCAAAAUGUGGCGGCUCUUGGCCACACUCAGCUGCCUGGUGGUGCUGACCAGGGCCUGGAGCAAUGUGCAUUUCCCGCCUCUGUCGGAUGAGCUGGUCAACUUCGUUAACAAGCAAAACACUACGUGGAAGGCUGGACACAACUUCUACAACGUGGACCUGAGCUACGUGAAGAAGCUGUGUGGCACCUUCCUGGGCGGGCCCAAGCUGCCCCAGAGAGUUGCAUUUGCUGAGGGCAUGAUUCUGCCUGAAAGCUUCGAUGCCCGGGAACAGUGGCCAAACUGCCCGACCAUCAGAGAGAUCAGAGACCAGGGUUCCUGCGGCUCCUGCUGGGCGUUCGGGGCUGUGGAAGCCAUCUCUGACCGGCUCUGCAUCCGCAGCAACGGGCGUGUCAGCGUGGAGGUGUCCGCCGAGGACAUGCUGACCUGCUGUGGCGACGAGUGUGGGGAUGGCUGUAAUGGCGGCUUCCCCUCUGGAGCCUGGAACUUCUGGACGAAACAUGGCCUGGUGUCUGGGGGCCUCUAUAACUCACAUGUGGGUUGCAGGCCCUACUCCAUCCCCCCCUGCGAGCACCACGUGAACGGCUCCCGGCCCCCGUGCACGGGGGAGGGCGACACCCCCAAGUGCAGCAAGAUCUGUGAGCCCGGCUACACCCCGUCCUACAAAGAAGACAAGCACUUUGGAUGCAGUUCCUACAGCGUCUCCGGUAGCGAGAAGGAGAUCAUGGCGGAGAUCUACAAAAACGGCCCAGUCGAGGGGGCCUUCUCCGUGUAUUCGGACUUCCUGCUGUACAAGUCUGGGGUGUACCAGCACGUCACAGGAGAGAUGAUGGGAGGCCACGCCAUCCGCAUCCUGGGCUGGGGAGUGGAGAACGGCACCCCCUACUGGCUGGUCGGCAACUCCUGGAACACCGACUGGGGUGACAAUGGCUUCUUUAAAAUCCUCAGAGGACAGGAUCACUGUGGAAUCGAAUCGGAAAUUGUGGCUGGAAUCCCAUGUAUUCGUCAGUACUAGAAGAUGAUGUAACCUCCUGUGGGCCUGUCCGCCGGCCCUGGGCCAGUUUUUCCCUAAAUACCGCCAUUCAGACGGGAUGAGAUGGGGGGGUAGGAAUGUCUGUCUUUUAUUCUUUGAGUUAGGAUGAGAUACAAGGGUUUUUAGCCAGGGCCUGAAGGACUGGGUCAGGCCAAGCCUCAUGUCUGCCAUCCGCACUGUCUUCCAAGGAGACGCAGCCAAGGCCAGCCCAGUGGACGGACUGCUGCCAUGACACAAGCACUUAGGCACGUAUCAUCUCCGCCGCAGCAGAGCAAGCCUCUCCCGUAGACCAGCUGUGUAGCGCCUGCUGCCCCCGCCUUUGCACCACCAGGGAUUGUAGUUUCCCAAAGGAGUGGAAAGCAGAGCUCCCCUAGCUGGAUGGAGUCCCACCCAAGCAGGCGGCUUUCUAGAUCCGGAGUAGGUUGAGAAGACAUAGAUAGUGGGGCAGCCCUUCGGAGAAAGCCACGCUCUCCCAGGGCCCCUGCAUCUGUGGAGGUCUGCAGCGCUGCUAACCCUCUCUGGUCUUGUCCUUGGCAUGAUUCUUAGGUUUUCUGUUUCGUGCUCCUUGGCUGAUCAUGUGACUGAGAGUCUACUAGUUGGAAGAGCUGUACAGCUGUACAGAUUGUCUCCUUCAAACUCGGUGGUUGAGGUUUCUCUGACCUGCUGCCCUCUGAUCCCACAGCGAAACUAGUUUGGGGAGAAGCCGGCUUUUACUGUUUUAAAAUCACUGCUUCACCCUGUUAAUAUAACAAAGAAAGGAAUGACUGCCAAUAAAAUGCCUCUCCUUCAAUGUGAAGUCUGCGUCCUGGUGCCGUCUCGAAGAUUGUUUGUCACUGCCUGUAGACUUUUAGCUGCUGUCUCUCCUCCUCCCCCAGAAGGAAUCGUGUUCCCAUGGAUCUGGGUGCCCUUGAACCUCUAACCAGGGAUAUCUUGCCUGGGUUGAGUGGAACAAAAUAAAUACCUAAUUUUUUAACUUCA